AUGCUGCCGACAACGAACCAGCAAGCAGCCAACAUGAACAUGGCCCCGGACGUCUUCUUCAAGACCGCGGACAUGUGGUACAGGUCAUUCCGCAACUCCACCAUCUAUGGGCAGCUGCGAAUUAUUGCCGCAGUCCUCUUCGGCUUCGUCGUCCUUUUCUUCCUUUUGGGAGGUGGAGGAGGUGGAGGAGGCUCGGCUCCUCAAACGGGAUCGCACUACAUGCAACAUCGUGGAGUGGAGGACCGUGCGUCCGAGGGCCUGAUGGAGGCCACAGAAAUCUUGCAGUCGCGGAACCCUCCGUCGGUCUCCACUCCGCUGCCUUCCAUGCUGUAUAUCGUAGCUUUGGUAGCGCUGGGUGGCUUGGCCUUCGCCGCUUGGCUGGCUGCCUGGGUUUUGGGCAAGGACGAAGGGGACGAGAAGAUGAAACAAGUCUCGGACGCCAUCCGAGAAGGAGCUUCAGGGUUCCUCUCCACGCAGUAUGCGAGCAUUUUCAAGCUGGCAGUCGUGGUGCUUGUGGGCAUCUUCCUCAUGUACCUUGUCAGGGAGCCGCCCAAGAACUUGCCGCAGGUCGCCUCCUCAAGGUUGGCUCUUUGCGUAGCGGUCUCCUUUGCGACGGGAUGCGUUCUCUCAGGCAUUGCAGGCUAUGUCGGGAUGUGGGUCGCGGUACGUUCCAACGUCCGCGUGGCGUCUGCAGCUUGCCGCUCAUUUCAAGAGGCAAUAGCUGUCGGACUUCGUGCUGGCGCUUUUAGUGGAGUUCUUGUUGUUUCAAUGGUGUUGCUUGGCAUCAUCGCUCUCUUGUUUGGAGUGCGGCUGGUGGUACCUGCAGCGUUGCACCAGCUGCCAUUCCUUCUGGUUGGUUAUGGCUUCGGGGCUUCCUUUGUUGCUUUGUUCGCCCAGUUGGGCGGUGGGAUCUACACCAAGGCUGCUGACGUGGGCGCUGACAUGGUCGGCAAGGUGGAGGCUGAUAUUCCUGAGGAUGACCCACGAAAUCCGGCCGUCAUUGCGGACCUGGUCGGUGACAACGUGGGUGACUGUGCCGGAAGGGGCGCGGAUCUGUUUGAAUCAAUAGCUGGCGAGAUUCUGGCCGCCAUGAUUUUAGGUGGCAGCCUGUCACAGCAACUGCCAGCGGAUGCCAGAAGUGGCUAUGUUUUAUUCCCUCUUGCAAUACACGCGAUGGACAUCGUUGUUAGUGGCAUUGGCAUCAUGAUGACUGAGGCUCCACAGACAAGGGGCAUCAAAGCCAUCGAUCCAAUGGAAGUCUUGAAGAGUGGCUACAAGGUCUCAGUUGGCCUCGCAGCCGUAGGCAUCAUAGUGCUGUGCAGGCUCCUGUUGCACACAGAGGAGCAUCCGGCAGCAUGGAUGCAUUUCUCUGUGUGUGGGCUGGUUGGACUAGGGACUGCCUUCCUCUUCAUUCUGGUCACACAGUACUACACAGACUUCAAUUUCCCGCCCGUGCGACAGAUAGCGCAGGCGAGCCUCACAGGGCACGGAACAAAUGUGAUUGCUGGCAUGUCUGUUGGGAUGCAAGCCACGGCCGCCCCGGCCGCAAUCAUCUCCGUGGCCUUGCUGUGCUCCUACAAGACUGGGAUGGCGGCCCUGGGUGGAACAGCAAGUGCUGGGCUUUUUGGCACGGCAGUGGCCACGAUGGGCAUGCUGUCCACCGUCGUCUUUGUGCUGGCCAUGGACGUCUUCGGGCCGAUCACAGACAACGCUGGGGGCAUUGUGGAGAUGAGCGAACAGCCUGAGUCGGUGCGGAACAUCACUGACAGCUUGGACGCAGUGGGAAACACGACCAAAGCCAUCACCAAGGGCUUCUCCGUGGGCUCCGCCAGCCUAGCGUGUUUCUUGCUCUUCUCCGCCUUCUUGGACGAGGUUUCCGAGCUUGCUGGCCAGAGAAUAGACGCUGUGGACAUCUCCGUGCCUGAGGUCUUCCUGGGCGGCAUUGCCGGAGCCACCCUGGUCUUCUACUUCAGCGGCCAGUGCAUGACUGCUGUGGGCUCCGCUGCCCAGGAGGUGGUAAACAAUGUGCGAACGCAAUUCCGGGAAAGGCCAGGCAUUAUGGACGGCUCGCAGAAGCCGGACUAUGCUUCGUGUGUCACCAUCGUCACGAAGGCCGCACUGCGAGAAAUGGUGGCGCCAGGCAUCGUUGCGACAACCGUGCCUUUGUGCGUUGGCUUCUUCUUUAGACUGGCCUCAAGUGGCAACGACCGGCUGAUCGGUGCAAAAGCCAUUGCUAGCUUCCUGAUGUUCGCUACCUCCACGGGGGUCCUCUUUGCCAUCUUCCUCAAUACGGCAGGUGGUGCUUGGGACAACGCCAAGAAGUACAUCGAACAAGGCGUCCACGGCGGAAAGGGCAGCGCAGCCCAUAAGGCUGCCGUAACAGGCGACACUGUGGGAGAUCCAAGCAAGGAUACCGCUGGACCCUCGCUUCAUGUGCUGAUCAAGCUUCUGUCCACGAUCACCUUGGUUUGCUCGCCGCUCUUCGUAGCUUGA